GAACAAACGAGUUGGGUGGCUGUGGCCGGCUGGUGCGUGCUUUAUGGGAGUCAGCCAGCCAGCCAGUUACUAUAGGGAUAGACGUACAGUAGACGCCGUGCGGGCGACGCGAUUACUCCGCAUACUCUGCGUCCCAAUGUGCGUAUGGAAUUGUUGCGAAUUAAACAACUGAAUUAAAAAUGUUCUGGGUACGCAUCGGAUUGAUUUUUGUAGCGUUAUACAAUAGAGCUAAGGCAAGCCACGGUCCGGUCGCCAGCUUGCAACAUGCUACCAACUUAUCUCAUAUAAUAGGCAGUUCCAACCCUAGUGGGUUUAGUACAAAUUUUUCACCCCGAAUGGACUUUGCUCAAUGGAAACCUCUAACUGGACGCGGUGAUCCACUUCGAAACGAUCCUACGUACGACUACGAACCACCUGUACUAGAGCGAGUUCACUAUUGGGCCGAUGAACCUCGCGUGGAACGUGAACGGAUUCCUGAAAGGAAAUCUGAAGUUUUGGUGCUGGGUGUGUCAUCACGUAAACCGAGCGUAGCCCCCCACCAGCCUCCCCCGCCUCCGAAGAGGACACAUCGACCGCCCCCACCUCCUCCCCCUCCCAAAUUUGAGGAUUACACGUACAAGUACAGUGAAUAUUAUCCUAUGACAAUACUUGUACCUCCGCCUCCGCCCCCGCCCGGGCACCAGCCUUCGAUGUACGUAAUUCACGAGGAAAACUUGUCUGGUCUCGUUUCGUCGCCCAAGCAACCUGAUAGAACGAUGAUAAUUAAGAGACCCUCCACGGUAACCCCUGACCAUUUGUCAUCAUUCGCCGUGCAAGAAGCUAAUUUAAUAUAUCAAUCUUCGACUACAAGUCAGAAUUGGUUUGUGGAUUUAAAUCAAACUAAAGCUCUACCGAACACCCCGGUAACUAGCGACUACGCCGGAUGGGGACCGACCACACCUUUCGACGAUAACGAUAUUAUUAACGACACACAUAAUUUUAUUUCAAAUGAUCAUAACAUAGAGGCAUCGAAACCAUACUUGUUUUAUAAACCAUCAUUGUCUGUGUCACCCAAACCUCAACCGGUACCUCUUCAAAACCUUAUAACAACAUUUAUACCUACUGCUCUACCGCCCGUAGAAUCCACACCGAGCAGUACACAAGUCGCAUGGCCGUCUACCGAUACCACAUAUGAAGUUAGCACAGAAACUGAAAAUAUAUAUGAAGAAGCUUCAACGGUAUACAAAACAACAAAUGAAUUACCCACUGCAAUAACUAUACCGCCAAAACCACAACCAACACUUUUUGCCAUGCUAUCCCCAAUGAUGUCAAUGCCACUAGCAACAGAUCCAGAUAGAGCAGAAGACAACUUAUAUGCUCACGCUUCAGAAAACAUUCAUGUUUUUAAAGAACAUACAACAGAAGAUAGCGCAAAAUUAGAUUUGAUGCAGAGUAUGCAGCCGCCUGCGCCUGCUAAAUAUUCGGACAGUACUAAGGUAACAGAUAAACAUCCUUACCACGUUAAUCCUCACGUCCUGAACAAUUUGCUUCAUGCAAAACCAUCCCAUCCACAAAAAAUCCACACCCACGAUCCCUAUUUACAUAUGCGUUUCACUACACCUAUGACUACAUCUACAACACAAGCUACCGUCUCGCAAGAAACUAAACAUUCUACAGAAGUCCCAACAGUACCCAUGUAUUUAAUUAUACAAGGACAUUCGAAAGUCAAAACAUACAGUUCCAAAGCAAAAAACAACUUGCACGAAACUUCACAAAACGACAUUAGUAAACACAGAGAAACCAAUGAAGUUAAACACUUACAUCCAUUAAAAGAAAAACGUCCAAAAAAAUUAGACAAAUACAACGCGACACGAACUGGUAAGGCACAGGAUUUAAAAUCUUUAAUUGAUAACGGUUUGGGAUCUAUAGAAAUCCAAGAGACCGAUGUAGGCAUUAAAUACGAUGUAAGUGACGGAAGCAAGGUACCCGUUGAAUUAUACAAAAAAGGAAUUGUAGACAGCGAUGAAAAUGACUACGGAUUAAAAAAUAAAACUAAGAGAGAGAAGCGUCAAAUCCAAUUUCAAGAUAUAUUAAAUUUCACUAACGAAUCCAUCGAGGAGUACUUUGAAGACUUUUUAAAUAAACAAAAGAAUGAGAAUCUAAGUGCACAAAAUGAUACAGAAGAUGAAGACGAUGAUUCUGACGAAGAAGACGCUGAAGAUAGGUAAAUAACGAUACUGGCUAAGUGGUAAUCAUAGCACAAAACCAAAAGACCUUUACAAAAAUUUUAGUUACCCCAUUUGCAUUUCUUUUACACGACAGCUCCUUAAUUGCGGAGUUUACAUUAACUUUGCCGGUAACCAGUGCUAAAUAACUGACGAAAUUUGCACCCAUAAUAGUGCAUAAUAAAUGCCGAUAAUUCAGUGAUACAAUUAACUAUAUGGAUUUUAAGACCCUUUUGCGUUAAUAGGCACUACUUAUAUUUGUGAAACAAGUCUGCGAAGUCUUUUAAGUCUUAUGCAAGAUUUGAUUACCGACAUAUGAUUUUGGUUUUCGAUUUAAAACGUUAGAAAAGUUUGUAAAAAAAAUUGUAAAGGACUAGUCUUUUGUCUCAGCGAUUUACAAUAUCUCAGUUUACUUUAAUUGAGAUAAAAGCUCGUAUUUUCAUUGCAAAAAUAAUGAUGAUGACAUGAAUAUGAAUGCUAACUGGUUGAUUUUGUGGAAUUUUAAAAGACUGAUAAAUUGUUAACGGUGAGUUUUGUACAUUUUAUAGAUUUCAAAAUUGUAGGCGCUUUUACAUAAAAUGCUUUUACAUAAAAUAU